AUGCAAGCUAUUAAAUGUGUUGUGGUUGGUGAUGGAUUUGAUAAUUACUCUGCAAAUGUAAUGGUCGACGGUAAGCCCAUCAAUCUUGGCCUUUGGGAUACAGCUGGUCAAGAAGAUUACGAUCGCUUGCGGCCUCUUUCAUAUCCUCAAACGGAUGUAUUUUUGAUUUGCUUCUCCUUGGUUAAAAUUACUCAUCAUGCACCCAAUAUUCCCAUCAUCCUUGUUGGUACAAAACUCGAUCUUCGAGAAGAUAAAGAAACCAUUCUUAAGCUUCGCCAAAAAUCCCAAUCACCUAUUACAUACCCUCAAGGGCUGCAAAUGGCGAAAGAUAUAAGUGCCGUGAGAUAUCUUGAAUGUUCUGCUCUUACCCAAAAAGGUCUGAAAAAUGUAUUUGAUGAGGCAAUUCGUGCUGUUCUUUGCCCCGCUCCAGUGCAAAAACGCAAGAAGCAAUGU